AAAUACCGAUCGCGAUCAGUCCUUUGCGAGAUCUUCAAGUGGUAAAACGUACCGCGUUUUUGAGUAUUAUCUACCUAAGAUCAUCUUUUCUAAUUACUCAUAGGUGCGGUUUUGAAAUUUAAAAAAAUUAAAGAAAGAAAAUAUUAUUAAUAUAAGAUUGUGAAAUAUUGAAACUACUGACUGCUUAAAAACACAAAACAGGAUAAAUCAAAAUUACAAAGUUCAAAAAUGGAUCAACCACAUUUUCAAAAGUGAUUUCACGCCAAUAAAUAUCUGAGAUUAAUGAAAACAAAAAUUCAAUAAAUUAGUGAAGAAUCAAAAAUAUUUUCUUCUUAAAACAUUAGCCAAUAAUUUUAUUAUUGGAUUUCUAAUUGAUACAUAAUCACGGAAUUAAAAUUGUUGACAUGACUAAAGAACACACAACCACCCCUUCGGGUACAAUUCCCGAAGAACUCUACAACUUAACCCAAUUAGCAGAAAUAACGCUUGCAGCAGGACGCUUAAGUACAACCAACAUUACAGAGAUUAAAGAUUACAUAAACAAGGGACGCUGUAAAGAUGAAAUUGUAAGCUGCAGUUUGGAUGCAGAUGGAACAUUUGAAGAAAUGCACAAACCUCAAUUUAACCCUAACCAGCUCCAACAAUCACAUCACCAGCAGCAACAACAACAACAGCAAGGAAGCAAUUUCUUCUCAUCAUCAGAUGAUGAUUCGAACUAUUACAGUCAUAAGAUCUUCGAUCGGAAGAAAUCCCGAAGAUCGACAAUUUCUGAACAGUCCCGCUUUGAUGAAUUGUCCUGCAGUAGUCUUCACAGCAGUGGAGAUGAACACUAUUCCGGAUUGGGACAUUCCAGUAAGAUUUCGGAGAAUUCGAUGAGUGGCGAUGAUGAUCAUGUGUGUCCGGAGUGUGGAAAGAAGUAUUCAACGUCUUCCAAUUUGGCCAGGCACCGUCAGACACAUAGAUCGAUUUUGGACAAAAAAGCCCGACGAUGUCCACACUGUGAGAAGGUCUACGUAUCCAUGCCUGCGUUUUCAAUGCACGUUCGAACGCAUAAUCAAGGCUGCGAGUGUCAAUACUGUGGAAAGUGUUUUUCCCGACCUUGGCUGUUGCAAGGUCACAUACGGACUCACACUGGUGAAAAACCUUUUAAAUGUACUGUUUGCACCAAGGCCUUCGCUGACAAGUCCAAUUUGAGAGCUCACAUUCAGACCCAUUCGAAUACCAAACCACAUUCUUGUGCCCGUUGUGGCAAAUCCUUCGCACUUAAAUCCUAUCUCUACAAACACGAAGAGUCCUCCUGCAUGAAGAACCAUCCCCAAAAGCCAGAAAAAGAUAAACCAAGCAAGUCAACUAAAUUUGACUCAACCAAAUCAACGUUGGCCUCUAAGAUUCUUCAAAAAGAAGCUGCUGCAGCUGCUGCUGCCUCUUCUUCGCCGGGAAAUAAUUGCAUCACUUUUCCACCACUAGAAAUAAGAAUUGAAGAGGAAAAAUCCGAAAAAUCUUAUACAACUUUGACAAAUUCCAUGACACAAGAAGAUUACGAUCGUUUUAAGAGAAUCAGUGUUAUACGUCCUCCGCCAACAACCCUAAAUAAUAAUGUCGGUAUAGGUAGUGCGAAUUAUGAUGGCGUUACAUCAGCAUCCGGCGGGGUAACAGUGACAACACCAACAACAGUGAUGCAAAUGAAUUUCUAUCAAGAAACUCCUGUGGAUUUCUCACCAAAGAAUAAUUUUACACAUUCAACAAAGACAAGUCCUUUCGAAUUGACAGGAACUUAUGCAAUUGUGGCAUAGAAGAUAUUAUUAAUAGCAAUAAGUUAAAACAUAAGUAAUUUCUUCUUUUGUUAUUUAGUUUUUUUUUGAUAUUUUUAAGAAGAAUUUCUUUUAAUCUAUGAUACCUUAAACCCUUUGAAAUUAUUUGUAGGGCUUUUGAGACUAUUAACCUUUUCUUACCCCAGAUUACCCAACGCCACAUUGACAACGACAGUAAAUAGUACAACUCGUGUCGGUAAUUUUGUUUUAUUCCCCUAAAGCUAGUUAUCGACAUUUACUUGCAAUAUCUGCAAUGACAGUGAAUAAUCCAAAUAGCGUAGGCAAUACAGUUUUAUCUUCUUAAAACAACUUCACCUAAUUAUCGACAUUUACUUACAAUAUUUACAAUUUAAACUCCCCAGUUUCUCGGUUUUGAGAUAGGUUGUUUUAUACAUGUGGCUUUUUUAAUCUGAUAUUUCCUCACCUAUGUUCGGAAUUAUGGAUGUAGGAUUUACAAGGAUCUUAACUUGAUCAACUAUGGUAAAGAAAAUUGUAUAAUUUCAGAAAUUUGUUGCCUAACUGUUAUUGUUUAAGAAAAGUACAGUCUCUUUUAAAACUUAGCAUUUUUAUCAAAGAGUAUUAAUCUUUCUCAAUAAGACGUUUUUCUAUAGAAGGGUUUUUAAAAUUUUAAUUGUGAAAAAAAUUUAGAACAAAAAAUUGUCGGGUUUAUUUGCUUUGACGAAUGAAAAGAAAUGAAGUGGAAGAUUGAUUAAUUACUUUUGUUUAAUCUCAAAAUAAAACAUAACCGAAAUUCCUUAACAAAAAACUCAUUCAAAACAAAAAUUUGAUUAUAAAAUUAAAUAAAAACUUAAAAUAUUGUGAAAAGAGAAGAAAAAUAAAAUUAACUAUCUUUUAAAAAUAUAUAUAAAAAAAAUAUUGUGAUACAAAUUUAGUAACUAGUGAUUAGUGAUUAGUUUCCAAACUAAAUAAAAAUGCACUGCUUAGAAUUUUUAAGAUUAUUUUUAUGUUUUAAAACAAAUUUAAGAAAAUAAAAAUAGUAGACACCACAAAUUUAUCAGCAAACAUUCAUGAAUAAAAUAAUUUUAAUUACCAUUUAUAAAUAGACUUUUUUCAAAAAAAAAAUCGAUUCAGUAUUGUAAAAAAAAACAAAUGUUAUUUACUUUAAAGUUAAACUUUCUACCAUAUUAUUAAAGUUAUAUAUAAAGUUAUUCUUAAAAUUAGUUUUAGAAAAAAGCAAUAAAUAUAAUCUAUCUAUGUAUAAAUGAAAUAUUAAACAAAUCAUUUUGUGAGAGGAGUAAUUAAUUUUGAAUUGAAAUACUUUUUAUUAAUUCUCCUCGAAUGCAAUAUGGACGAGAUUGUCUAGUCUUAGUAUUUUUGGAAAAGAAAAUCUAAUUAUUUAUCAAUGCCAGAAAGAAGAAAAUAUCAUUUUGUAAUUAAUUGUUUUUUUUUUUUUAAUUUGUUUAUUGCCAUAAUUAAUAAUAAUAAAUUGUAAAUAUGAACAGAUAUGAGCAAUGAAUAAAUGGAAGAGGAUGAGGAAAGAAAAAACAACAUCUGGCAUAUUGAAUAAUGUGGCCGAAAAUGGUGCAAUAUAUUAUAUUUUUAUAUAUUUCUAAGGAUAUGUUUUUUAAAUUAGUUUUGCAUGAUGUCUGUCUCUGUAUAGUAUAAUUAAGUUAAAUAUGAAUAAUUUUUUGUGUGAAAGGCUUUUAGUUCAUAGAUAGUAUUAAUUCAAGGCAUUUUUUUGUACAUAUAUUUUAUGCUUUUCUCUCAAAUUUAUUUUUGUUCGAAACACAGCUAAUGAAACCAAAGAUUAAAAUAAUAAAAUAAAAACACGAGCAAAGUGGUAUGAAUUUUA